AACCACCUCUAACCAUUAAACCUCCCAAACAUCCUGGCCAUGAAUACAAACGACGCGGGUUACUUGGAGAGGGCGGCUUUGGAAGGUGUUUUGAGGUCGAGACGAUAGAGGGCAAGGUACUCGCUGUCAAAGUUGUAGACAAAACCUCAUUAAGAAAUCCAAAGAACAAAGAUAAACUUCUUAGCGAAAUUGCUAUACAUAAAAAAUUGGAUCAUCCCCAUAUUGUCAAAUUUUAUGAUUGUUUUGAAGAUCAAUCAUUCGUAUAUUUAUUAAUGGAGCUUUGUGAAAAUAAGACUUUAGCUUCGAUGAAUAAAAAAAGACAACGGCUGACCGAGCCUGAAGUUCGAUAUUUUAUGCUUCAGCUCCUUGAUGCUUGCGAGUAUAUGCAACGUCAAUUUGUGAUUCAUCGUGAUUUAAAAUUGGCAAAUCUGUUUCUCUCAAAGGAUAUGAAGAUCAAAAUCGGGGAUUUUGGUUUAGCGGCGCAGUUGGAACGUGAAGGUGAAAGAAAAAAAACCAUAUGUGGUACGCCGAAUUAUAUCGCGCCCGAAGUCUUAUUUGAUCAGUUGAACGGUCAUAGUUUUGAAGCUGACGUGUGGUCAUUGGGUGUUAUCAUGUAUACCCUGUUAUUCGGAAAACCGCCUUUUCAGAAGGGUGGAGAAGUCAAUCAAAUCUACAGGAGAAUUAGGGAGUUAAGAUACGAUUUCCCAUCAAAUAUUACUGAUGUAUCUAUUGAAGCAAAGAAUUUGAUUAAUUUGAUGUUAACUUUGGAUCCAGAGAAACGACCUACUAUUCGCCAAAUCCUGGAUCAUGAGUUUUUUAAUUUAGGAGUGACACCCACAACGAUACCAAUGACUGCAUUAACUAUUACACCUUGUUUUGAUGUUCCUAAAUUAAGACAGCCAUUGAAAGUCCUACUUACCAAUAAUUUAAAUAAGAAACUAAUUGCUCAUUCUGAAAAUAAAAGUAAAAAGGAUACCGAAAAAAAAUCUGAAGAUAAAUAUAAAAGGAAUAAUGACAAAAAACCUGAAGAUAGACAUAAAAAGGAUACCGAAAAAAAGUCUGAAGAUAAAAAUAAAAUAGACAACGAAAAAAGAUCUGAAGGUAAAAAUAAAAUAGGUAACGAAAAAAGAUCUGAAGGUAAAAAUCAAAUUGAUAACGAAAAAAGAUCAGAAGAUAAAAAUCAAAUUGGUAACGAAAAAAGGUCUGAAGGUAAAAAUAAAAAGGACCAUGAAAAAAAAUCUGAUGAUGAAAAUAAAAUAGAUAACGAAAAAAAAUCUAAGCUUGAUUCUGUUGGUUCAUCUAGUAAAAUACGAACUGGUGUCCUUGAAGCAAUCUUAAAUACCCUUGAAAUAUCAUUUAGAACACUUGAAAAUGACAAAAAUAUAAUAUGCAAUACUACUGGUGAUAAAACCCUUACACCUCGUGUGUUUGUAAAUAAAUGGAUUGAUUAUUCAAAUAAAUAUGGAAUGGGAUACCAAUUGACUGAUGGUUCCGUAGGUGUAAAUUUUAACGACAAGACAACCUUGAUCAUGUCUCCCAACGGAAGUAAUUUCGAAUACAUUUACAACAGUCGCAUCUCUUCCACAAUAAUUCCAACACGCAAAUCCUAUUUAGUAGCUAGUUGCCCUAAAGAUCUGCAAAAGAAAAUGUAUUUAUUGAGAAACUUUCGUAAUUAUAUGAACGAAACUCUUUCGAAAAGGGCACAUUCAUAUGCUUUUGAUGAUAAAGAUCGAAUUCAAAAUAUGGAAUUUCUUACAAAAUUCAAAAGAACGCCUCAUGCGAUGAUGUUUCGAUUAAGCAAUCGUGUUGUACAGGUCAAUUUUUUUGAUCACGUGAAAAUCGUUAUAUCAGAAGAAGGAUAUGUUAUAACAUAUAUUGACGAGACAAAUGAGUUAAAGACGUGUGCUAUCACAGAGUUUUUGAAAUUGAAUAAUUCUGUGGAGAUGAAUCGAUUGAAAUACGUGAGGGAUGUUUUAAAAAAAUUAGUUGAUGCAGCACAUAAAUCUAAAAAAUUAUCAGAAAAAUAG